AGAACUACAUCCGCUUUGAGAAAAUGUCCAACCUGGCCAAAGUCCCUUUCCUAACAGGCGUUAGACGAUUGUUUUAUUUAGUGUCAGUAAACGAAUCUUCGUUUAAAGAUGUGGAAGAGGUUCCACUUUACAUCAACGAAGCUACACCUUUUUUCUUCGUGUGUAUUUUCCUGGAAAUGGCAGUUAUGUGGUUCAAGAAGGACAAAAAAGGCAGAAUGAAUGAUGGUGCAACAUCUGUCAGUGCUGGGCAGUAUUCUAGAUUCCCAAUGCUCCUUGGUCUGAGGUCCAUCACUAUUACUGGGUAUGUUUGGGUGUAUGACAACUACAAUAUUUAUGGACUGCCUUGGGAUUCGGCUUGGACUUGGUGGUUUUGCUUCCUAGGAAUGGAUCUUGGAUAUUACUGGUUUCACAGAAUGGCACAUGAGGUAAAUUUCAUGUGGGCUGCCCAUCAAGUACACCACAGUUCUGAGUACUACAAUCUGACAACAGCACUGAGACAGUCUGUACUUCAGAUAUACACUUCUUGGGUAUUUUACCUUCCUCUUGCUUUAUUUAUACCACCCUCCAUCUUCAUGGUUCAUAAUGAGUUGAAUAUAUUGUACCAGUUCUGGAUCCACACUCAGUUCAUAAAAUCACUGGGUCCGCUGGAAUAUAUUCUCAACACUCCCAGCCAUCAUAGAGUUCAUCAUGGAAGAAAUCCUUAUUGCAUAGAUAAAAACUAUGCUGGCACACUCAUCAUAUGGGACAGAUUGUUUGGCACCUUUCAAGCUGAGGAUGAAGAGGUUGUGUAUGGGUUGACACACCCAAUCAAUACAUUUGAUCCAAAUGUCAUUCAGUUUGGAUACUUGAAGUACAUGAUUGAGAGGUUUGGUGAGAUGAAGGGAUGGAAAAACAAGCUGAGAGUAGUGUUCUGUGGGCCAGGAUGGGCUCCAGGCAAACCAAGAACUGGAGAUAUCAAUGAUAUUCCUGUGGUGAAAGCUCCAUGGCCCAAGUAUCACCUUAACCUCCCAAGCUGGGUCAGUGUGUAUGCAGCAGUACACUUCACCCUGGAACUUUUGUACUAUCAAGAGGUGGCAGCCAGGAAUGCUGGACUGUCUCAGUUGUCCAUCUUGCUUUUUGUCCUCCAUAUUGGAUUUGGCCUGACCUGCUUUGGAAAGAUUUUUGAUAAUGAUCCAUCUGCUCCUCAGUACGAGCUCCUAAGAUGUUUCCUGACGUUAGCUGGUGAUGUUGCCUUGUGUUACUAUGGUUUCUAUGGAGCCCCUGGUUACAGACCCACCUUUGUCAUAUUUCUACAAGCAGUGUUUAUGUUCUCUCUCUGCGUGUGGUCGUCUGUCAUUUACAAUACCACCAUGAAAACCAAGAAAGUAGACUAGCUUCUGUGUUUAUUCUGCACAAUGCAUCAAAGUUCUGUGAUAGUUCUUAAAUCAAGUGAUAUUUAUUUCUACAGCAUUAACAUUCCAGUGAUAAGAAUUUUUUGUUUGUAUUUAUAUGUGAAUGUAUCCGUACAUGAUAUAUCGGUACCGUCUUAAUCUGUUGAAGGAGACAAUCUGAUUUUAAUAGCAGUGAAAUGAAAAGCAUACUGUGAUUAUAUGAAUUAAGAUUUGAUUGUUUUUAAAUUUUCAUUCUUUAAUAAAGAUGGCGCUACAGCAUGUACUUGUAUUUUGAUGAAAAUACAUUAUGAUUGUUUCAAUUGUUGACAAUAAAAUUUUAUUACCAAAUUAA